AUGUCUACGACUACGAGGAAUGACCAUGGGGUCAUUGGGGAUGUAAAGUCUUCGGCUGUUAUGGAAAAGAAGGUUGAGAGUGGGAACUACAAAGGGUUCGUUGCUGGAGUGUUCUCAGGUGUUGCGAAGUUGAGUGUCGGCCACCCCUUCGACACAAUAAAAGUCCGUCUCCAAACCUCCACAUCGGCGCAAUUCAGCGGGCCCCUCCAAUGUCUCCUCCAAACCGUCCGAAACGAGUCCAUAACCGGUCUCUACAAAGGCGCGACACCACCUCUCGUAGGCUGGAUGUUUAUGGAUAGCAUAAUGCUCGGCUCCUUGACAUUCUACCGCAAGUUCCUCCAUGAGAACGUCUUCUCCACUUCUCACCUCUCCGCGUCCCCCUCGUCCUACGCCCGAAGAGAGAAGCCCGUUGAAGUGAGUAAGCUGCCGACAGUCGGGCACGCAAUGGCGGGCGUAAUGGCAGGGGCGACAGUGAGCUUCAUCGCAGCGCCGGUAGAACACAUUAAAGCAAGGUUGCAGAUUCAGUAUAGUAAUGUGAAGAGUGAACGGUUAUACAAAGGACCUGUUGAUGCUUUCUCCAAGAUAUAUCGGGCUCAUGGUUUACCGGGUAUAUACCAUGGACUAUCGGCCACAUUGCUUUUCAGAUCAUUCUUCUUCUUCUGGUGGGGGAGUUACGACGUCUUCACUAGACUAUUAACAAACCACACUGCGCUCAGUACCCCGGCCAUAAAUUUCUGGGCUGGAGGAUUAAGUGCCCAGGUUUUCUGGUGUACUUCGUAUCCAAGUGAUGUUGUUAAACAGAGGAUAAUGACAGAUCCGCUAGGAGGCGGCUUAAAUGACGGAGUCAAGAAGUUCGGGAGUUGGAAAGAUGCUGCGAGAACUGUGUAUAGAGAAGCGGGCUGGAAAGGGUACUGGCGAGGCUUCGUACCUUGUUUCCUGAGAGCUUUUCCUGCGAAUGCUGUUGCGCUUGUGGCUUUUGAGGGAGUCAUGAGGAGUCUACCUUGA